AUGAUGAUCAGCAAGACGAUCUAUGCAUUGUGUGCGGCAGCUGUGGCGUUCUCUGGUGGUACAGUGGAUGCGACGACGGAGGUGGCGGAGACGUUUGGCUGGCUAUUGCCGAAGAGCCACAACACUGACGGUGGCUACGGAGGUGCUAGUGUCGGCACAAACGGAUAUGAAGGCGCGUCCGCGGGGAUAAGUGGAUAUGGCGGACUGUCUUUUCUAAAGGCACUUGGCGGUCUCAAGGCUGGUGCUGGUGGCUACGGCGCUACGGGCGUGGAUCUCAACGCAAAUGCUGGUCUCGGUGCACUUGGUUACGGCAAUGCCAACGCCGGCACCGGUCUCGAUGCUCGUGCCGGCAUCAACGCGAACGCAGGCCUCAAGGCGAAUGCUGGACUUCAGGCUGGUGCUGGUCUCAAUACCGGAGCGGGUCUUGACGCCAAUGCAGGUUUGAAAGCGAACGCCGGACUCAACGCUGGUGCUGGACUUAAUGCUGGUGCCGGUCUCAACGUUGGUGCUGGCCUCAGCGCUGGUGUGGGUCUUAACGCCAAUGCAGGAUUGAAAGCGGACGCCGGACUCAACGCUGGUGCCGGACUCAACGCUGGUGCCGGACUCAAUGCUGGUGCGGGUCUUAACGCCAAUGCAGAAUUGAAAGCGAACGCCGGACUCAGCGCUGGUGCCGGUCUAAAGGCUGGUGCCGGCCUCAAUGCUGGUGCCGGACUCAACGCUGGUGCCGGCCUCAAUGCUGGUGCCGGUCUCAACGUUGGUGCUGGCCUCAGCGCUGGUGUGGGUCUUAACGCCAAUGCAGGAUUGAAAGCGAACGCCGGAGUCAACGCUGGUGCCGGACUCAACGCUGGUGCCGGACUCAACGCUGGUGCCGGACUCAACGCUGGUGCCGGACUCAACGCUGGUGCCGGCCUCAAUGCUGGUGCCGGUCUCAAGGUUGGUGCAGGUCUCAAUGCUGGUGCCGGUCUCAACGUUGGUGCUGGUCUCAAUACCGGUGCGAGGUUUAGCGCCAAUGCAGGAUUGAAAGCGAGCGCCGGGCUCAACGCUGGUGCCGGCCUCAAUGCUGGUGCCGGUCUCAAGGUUGGUGCUGGUCUCAAUGCUGGUGCCGGUCUCAACGUUGGUGCUGGCCUCAACACCGGUGCGGGUCUUAACGCCAAUGCAGGAUUGAAAGCAAAUGCCGGACUCAACGCUGGUGCCGGUCUCAAGGUUGGUGCCGGACUCAACGUUGGUGCUGGCCUCACCGCCGGUACGGGUCUUAACGCCAAUGCAGGAUUGAAAGCGAACGCCGGACUCAACGCUGGUGCCGGACUCAACGCUGGUGCCGGACUCAACGCUGGUGCCGGCCUCAAUGCUGGUGGCGGUCUCAACGUUGGUGCUGGCCUCAACGCCGGUGCGGGUCUUAACGCCAAUGCAGGAUUGAAAGCGAAUGCCGGAGUCAACGCUGGUGCCGGAGUCAACGCUGGUGCCGGCCUCAAUGCUGGUGCCGGUCUCAAGGUUGGUGCAGGUCUCAAUGCUGGUGCCGGUCUCAACGUUGGUGCUGGUCUCAAUACCGGUGCGAGGUUUAACGCCAAUGCAGGAUUGAAAGCGAGCGCCGGACUCAACGCUGGUGCCGGCCUCAAUGCUGGUGCCGGUCUCAAGGUUGGUGCUGGUCUCAAUGCUGGUGCCGGUCUCAACGUUGGUGCUGGCCUCAACGCCGGUGCGGGCCUUAACGCCAAUGCAGGAUUGAAAGCAAAUGACGGACUCAACGCUGGUGCCGGUCUCAAGGUUGGUGCUGGUCUCAAUGCUGGUGCCGGACUCAACGCUGGUCCCUGCCUCAACGUUAAUGCCGGCCUCAGUGCUGGUGCCGGUCUCAACGCUGGUGCUAGUUUGAAUACUGGUGCCGGCACAAGUGUGAAGAAGGGCACCAACACGGACAGCUACUCGAAGGGAACGAGUGCCAUCGCUUCGUUAGCCCCAGAGAAGACAGCUAACCAAGCUUCUCAGAUGGCUACUCAGACGUCCACGAAGCCCAGCACUUACCGCCACCUGCGCGCGUAAACUCGGAAUGAUGGUCAUCCUUUCCAAGUCAGAAGAACGCCAUCCCAUUACACUCGUCCGAUGUGUCGAGACAUUUACCGCUCCGUGCGAUACCAGUCCAAUGAAUGCUUUGUAGUAGUCGUCAUUUACGACUUUGAAUGCUUUGUGAGUUCAUGACGCCUUUUGUACGAUCAUUGUUCUUGUCACUAAAUACCAGUCCAAUGAAUGUUUUGUAGUAGUCGUCAUUUACGAUUUUAAAUGCUAUGUGAGUUCAUUACACCUUUA